ACAUGUGCACUAAAGAUCUCAUAAUCUCACUCAUUUGGAUCCCUCCCAUAUGAUAAUUAAUUAAUUAAUUACAGAGUAUUAAUUUACUUGAUGGGAAACUUCUUGGUUCAAAGUUUCAAACGGACCGGAGCAUAAUUAAUCUCGCAGUGAUAAUGGAGGGGCGGCCGGCGGCGGCGGCGGUGCUUAUUAUAUUGUUUUUCCAGGUUUGUUCCGGCGGCAGCGUCGAGGAAUGCCCGAAAUGCCCCUCGGGCUUGAACGGGAGUUUGAAGGAGCGCAUAAUGGGCUUGGCGAAUGAAACGGGAACGGCGGAGUGGAUUACAAGGGUAAGGAGGGAAAUUCACAGGAACCCGGAGCUCGCUUUCGAGGAAUUCGCCACCAGCGCGCUCGUCCGGCGGGAGUUGGACAACUUGGGGGUGGAGUACCGGUGGCCGGUGGCGAAGACCGGCGUCGUUGCCUCAAUUGGUUCCGGUUUUCCGCCGUUUGUGGCUCUCCGGGCGGAUAUGGAUGCCUUGCCAAUACAGGAAAUGGUGGAUUGGGACCACAAGAGUGAAGUAGAUGGGAAGAUGCAUGCUUGUGGGCAUGAUGCCCACACUGCCAUGCUCCUUGGUGCUGCUAAAACUCUUCAUCAACUUAGACAAGAAUUACAGGGGACCGUUGUGCUUAUAUUUCAACCCGCGGAAGAGCGAGGGAAAGGGGCAAGAGACAUGAUUAAAGAAGGGGUUAUCGACAAUGUAGAGGCCAUAUUCGGGCUCCAUGUAAGCCAUGAUUACCCAGCCGGCGUGGUGGCUUCCCGGCUAGGGGAAUUUCUCGCCGGUUGUGGGAUCUUUCAGGCCACCAUCAAAGGGAAGGGCGGUCAUGCCGCCCUCCCACAAGAAACCAUUGAUCCAAUCUUGGCCGCAUCUGCUUCCGUUAUGAGCCUCCAAACAAUUGUUUCCCGGGAAACCGACCCCUUUGACUCCAAGGUGGUCUCAGUAAGCCAGAUUCAAGGAGGAUCUGCUUUUAAUGUUAUUCCUGACUCGGCCACGAUCACGGGAACUUAUCGAGCCUUCAACAAAGACCACUUCUACUCCUUAAGAAAGCGAAUUGAGGAGGUAAUUAUUAGCUAAAAAAAGUCACUCCACACAUAACUUGUGAAUAAUUUCAUUGGGGAACGUCCAAGUGACAUUGGACGGUAAUGUCAUGGAAUAACCCGGGGACGCUUCGGUGAUCCGUUCGUAAAAUUGACGGUUCCUACUCCCUAAUACCCCCGUAAACCCCCCACGGCUCCACCUCGCCCUAACUUGAACACCCACAUACACCCCCUCCAAUUACACCCACAAGUUGAUUUUGACUUCGGAGUCAAGUUUUGACUUCAAAAUCAAAAUCAAUUUGUGGAAUGCAAUUGAAGGAGAUGAGGAAGUGUGUUUGGGUCGGGGUCGGGUGGUGGGGGUUUACCGGGAGUAAGAACUAUCAAUUUUAUGAACGGGGCACUGGAGCACCUCGAAUCAUCUCAUGACAUUGCCAGACAAUCUCAUGAGAACCUUGCGCAUAUAAAAUGUGACUACAAUGAUAUAUGUUGAAUAACAAUCAACAAACUUGCUGCUGUAAUAGGUAAAAAUGAAACAAAUGAUAAAUGGUAACCAAGCUGAGAAGAAUGGCAGUAGCCAAAAACACUAGAGAAAGAAUGAUGGCACUGGAUCAGGUUGUAAAUGGCUCGAAAUGGAGCAGCGGAACGAACGCACUGAGUCGCCGGAAGAUGUGGCUGUCCUUAAGACGUAUUCGCCUCGUCCGGUGGUGUUUGGAACAACGUGAGGCGUAUGUCUCCCAGGAUAAAAUAGUGAUCGUGUUUAGAUACUAACACCGUGUAUAUAAACACCGGCGAACAUGAACGAAAAAGGAGAGAAUUUUAUCUGAUCACUCUGUGAAUUUUGUGUGCUCUGAAGUGGAAGAGCCGCGUUGAAGCACUGCUACU